CUCACUCUCACUCUCACUCUCACUCUCACUCUCACUCUCACUCUCACUCUCUCUCUCAUGACGUGGGUGGGCUGCGCAGUUAAAGGUCAGGGUGGGUCUCCGAAUAUCCGAAAGACGGGCAGCGCCGCAAAGGGGAGAAGAAGGCGAAAUUGAAAAUGCAAAGGGAAACAAGCGACGCUGGCGGAGUAAAAAGUCAAAUUCGGGCUGAUCGAAUGGGCAAAGUUCGCAGUUGCUGAUCGCAGCUAACUCACACUUAACCUCAGUGAAAAUAAUUAGUCAAACAACCCCUGCAGAGAAAGUUUAUUCACUCCUGAGGGGGAUGGGUACGUUCCACUCAAAUAAAAUAAUCUACUAUGUCGGUCUGAAGAGUGCUUCUUCUCCCGCUUUUUGCGAGGCGGAGUCACCCGCUUUCUGAUUAGAUCCCGACACGGUUGAUUGCAAUAACUGUCGGGGGGGGGGAUGUUAAAAUAUAAAUUAUUGAGAGAGGGAGAAAAGCGGGCUUAGAAAUAAAACGCAUUCAGAAAUCUUCAACGAUGUAAGGUUGAUGUAAGAUCAAUCUUACAUUGUAAGAUCAAGGUUGAUGUAAGAUCAGGCAAUUUUCCUGACCUUCAGCCUGGCUGAGCCUAUCCGUUUUCCUGACUCGAUCAUUUCCCCCUCUCUAUAAACUGCGGCGGUCCAGGGGACGCUGGGGACUAAGACUUUUUUUUUAAUCAAAGAGUUAAACCUCAACGCAUUUCCUGAACGGGUUGUGUGUGUUUCACACGUGUCGGGCGGCGUUCCGGCCUCUGCGAGGGGUAGGUAGCAUGUUAAUACCUGGAGCCGGCCCCACUCUCUGCCACACAACCCUGAUCUCCUGUAACUGCUCGCUCAACAAGAUGAAGGGACUUCUCAACGGGCUGCUCCUUUCUGCCUUGAUCCUCGUUCAAGUAAACUCGGUGCUUACACUUAAAGCAAAGCCUCCGGCAGGUCUUUGCCGAACUAAACCAACUGAUCUGGUCUUCAUCAUUGACAGCUCGCGGAGCGUCCGCCCAAAAGAAUUUGAACAGGUGAAAGUAUUUGUAUCCAAGGUGAUUGAAUCCCUUGACAUUGGACCAAAUGCCACCCGGGUUGGACUGGUCAACUAUGCCAGUACAGUCAAGAACGAAUUCAGCCUCAAAACACACCGCACCAAAGCCAGCCUCCUGCGAGCUGUUUCCCAGAUCGAGCCUCUUUCUUCGGGCACCAUGACUGGCUUGGCCAUCCUAUUUUCUACCAAUGUCGCUUUCAGUGAGGCUAACGGGGCACGAGUGAAACUAACUGAUGCCAGCAAGGUUGCCAUCAUCGUGACCGACGGCCGCCCCCAGGACCAAGUGCGAGAUGCUGCCAACCACGCCAAACAGAAAGGCGUCGAGAUCUUUGCGAUCGGUGUGGGCAAGGCAGAGAUGAAAUCCCUGCGUGAGAUUGCCAGUGAACCCCUGGAAGACCAUUUGGACUACGUGGAAAGCUACAGUGCCAUCGAAAAACUUUCCAAAAAGUUUAAGGAAGCUCUUUGUGUUGCGGAUCUGUGUGCAAGUGGGGAUCAUGACUGUGAGCAGAUCUGCAUCAGUACUCCUGGCUCUUACAAGUGUGCCUGCAAAGAAGGAUUAACGUUAAACCCAGAUGGGCGGACGUGUGGAACUUGCAGUUCAGGAGCCGUCGAUUUGGGCUUCAUUAUAGACGGAUCAAAGAGUGUGAGGCCCGAAAACUUCGAGCUGGUCAAAAAAUUUAUCAAUCAGAUCAUCGACUCCCUCGAUGUUGGCGAUCAGCAGGCCCGGGUUGCUCUUGUUCAGUACUCGAGCUCAGUCAGGACAGAAUUCCCCCUCAACAAGUUCAAAACGAAGCAAAGCAUCAAGGCGGCGGUCAAGAAGAUGGAGUACAUGGAGAGAGGAACAAUGACAGGCCUGGCUCUGCAGCAUCUGUCUGAGAAGGUUUUCGUUCCGUCACAGGGAGCACGAGAGAACAUCCCAAAAGUCGGCAUUGUCUUUACUGACGGGCGCUCACAGGAUUAUAUUAAUGAUUAUGCCCAAAAGAUCAAAGCUAAAGGGGUUAAGAUGUUUGCAAUUGGAGUGGGGAAUGCCCUGGAAGAAGAAUUAAGGAUGAUUGCUUCAGAUCCAGUCAAAGAUCAUUACUAUUAUACCGCAGAUUUCAAAACAAUGAAUCAAAUCGCAGACAAAUUACAGGUUAAAAUAUGUGUUGAACCUGAAGACCCAUGUGCCUGCGAGUCACUCGUGAACUUCCAGACAAAGGUGGAGAAAAUAAUUAAAACACUGACGUCCAAACUAGGUGCCUUCGGGAAAAAGCUGGCAGCUCUUGAGAACAGACUUCUUGUCAAAUAGACACCGCUGCACUUUUCCUGACAACUGUUGACAUCACCAAGUAUACUGAAAACACGCUUAUUUAACAUACAGGGGCAUCUGAAUUACUAAACAAAAAUGCUUUUAUUUUAAAAUGUCUAGACUAGUUACCGUAUCUGUAUUAAGAAACCCUAUAACAAGGGUUCCCAACCUGGGGUCCAAGGACUGCUGGCUUAAUGGUAUUGGUCCAUGGCAUAAAAAACGUUGGGAACCCCUGCCCUAUAAUAAGAAGUACAGUCACUUUCAUUUGAACAAUGCACUAUGAAAUAAACUGGAAACACUGACACUUCUGGUGAAAUAUUUUGUAUAUUAAAGGAGAAAUAUGCUAAAUAUAAAACUAAGUCAGAAUUUGAUUUGUAUUUAUAUAAUAAUUUACUUGUUUGAUACUGAUAUUGGCAGAUCACUCAACCAUUUUUACCCCAAGCUCAUGUAUUUUGUCCACUGGCUAAAUUAAAAGUCUCAUUAAAAGAGCAUAUGUUCUGAAAAUAGUCUGAUACACAGGAACAAACUUCCACAGUUGUUCCGUUCUAAUGUGAGACAAACAGUUAAGGCGUGCCAUAUUUAUAAUUUUUUUGGACAAAACCAAGGGACGAAAUUUUUAAAAUUUGCGUGCAGCCAAGAAAGCGGAACACGAGUGUUUCACCCGCCUAUUGCAGUCCUCUCCUGAUUGGCUAUCGAAGGGGAGUGUAACAAGUGAACAGCAAUAUACCAUCUCCUUCAUGCUCGUGACCAGAGAUCUAUUUCUAACUCAAAAUGUCUUAUGUGUGCCUUUUUUUUUAAAAUUCAGAUAUUUAUAUAAGUAUAUUUAAGAAGAAAAGGUAUCAUGGAAUCUUCAGAGUUUUGUUAGGAUGUUCUGUUUUGUCACUUUGGUAAAACUGUAUCGUGUCAGGAAAUCACAGGAAAAUAAAAGUGGCCUAAA